AUGUGUCCUGGCGCUGAGCCAGAAAGAUAUCUGUUUUCUGCCUGGAACCGUGUUACUCCCUGGCUUGUCUUCUUUCAUAGCCAGUUUAUCAUGCGCAGAGCCAACCAUAGGCCAAUUAGCAGGAGGCUAGCCGUCGACGUGGUUGGCUGUAUUCUGCAGCAUGCCAAUAACAUGAUCACAAACGGCGGGGACACAGUAUUGAUCACCACACCCUCCAUUUACCAUCUGCUCGUAGAGUUAUGGUUACUCGCCCUCAAAAUAAAAGACGAGGAUGUGCUGAUCAUUCCCCAGCAUCCGUGUAAUCAAUCGAUCUAUGGCCCUCAAUUCGCUUCUCUUGAAAUUGUCAUCCCAUUGGUGUUUUCAGACUGCACGAACUACAAAGCCUUUAUGACAACCGUGCUCGAAGUGUCAGGUGACAUUGGCACGGUCGUUUCUACAGCUCUGGAAUAUGUCAUGCACAUGGGAUUAAUGGCCCAGGACCCUAAUAAAGUCACAAGCCUUCCAACAUCACUCGGCAUGCUUACACACACGUUUUCAAAUUGCGUUAUUGUCAUUAUUGAACUAAGCAAGCACAGCGCCGCAAUGCGGGAAGAAUUCAUCCUACGACUAUCCGUUAAGAAGAUUUUCUUGAUUUGUCGCAUUAUCCAACUUCUUUUUUCUUCUGGAGAGAGCAUGGAUCCCACGUUUGGCAAAUCCACACUCGUCCAGAGUUUCUUGUACCUCAUUGCUCUCCUUUUACGUGCGAAUAACACUGUCCCAGUGUUACAUCAAGCUCUUCACUCAUAUGCCUUCGAAAUAGCCAUGGGCAUCCAAGGACCCGCUGUGGAGGUGGAUCUUCGUGAUUACAAGAAAAGUUUUCUUGUGAUCUUAGACAUUUUCCUCGUCUACGACAAAAUCUUGACCUACGCGUACAAACAUGUGGAUGCCUGGUCUAAUGCUCUUGGACCAGAUGUGUUACCAGACGAAACUAUCCGAAAGCGUUGGUCUGCAGUUGAGACGAAGAUACGACUAUAUGCCAGUCUCAAGUCUAGGGAGGAAAAGAUAAGGCGGCCAUCACCUGAUAAAAAGGGCUGGAUUCUACGAGUCAACUUACCCAAAGAACAGUGUUACUGUGGUGAUACCACAGAAGAUACUCAGCUUAGGCAAUGCUCGGAAUGUCAGGUUGUGCGGUACUGCUCAAAGCGAUGCCAGCGUGAUUCCUGGUGGUCGGAUAUUCAGGACCAGGUAGCCGCUGCGCGAUGCAAGUAUCCAGAAGAUCAGGAUCGACUCGUUGUCAAGAUCACUAUAGAUAAGGAAGAGAUAUCAGUUCAACCUCUACGACAGUACCUCUUCGUGUUCAAUGGUCUCUCUGAAAAUGAGGUCGUGGACCGCUUAUCGUCAUGGCCAGAUCCAAGGGGCCAUCUUCGACGAUCAUUCUUUUGUUCGGUUAUCGCGAUACAUGAUAAAUAUUCGUCACAGAUCUUAUUCAGUCCACAUACUGCAUUAGAUAUGGAGACAGUACCAACGCUCAGCCGUAACCAGCAAUCACUCGCAUACAAAGCUGAUCCUACAUUGCAUCGUCAUAGCGCGGAUGAGACUGAAAUCAGUGGGAAGUUCUGA